AUGGCCACCCACGACGACGAGCGAAUACUCGAACUCCUAGCGCAAUUGGAUCUCACCGAAAACCUUCUGCCCACGUCUCCAAACUUGAGUCAAACCACUGUAGCUUUACCUUCGGCUCUGAGGCAGCGCACAAUCACUGCACAGCCGACCCUUUAUCGAAUUGAAACACGCGACGCUACCGGCAACGCGAUCGUCGGACACACUAGCGAGUGGUCUGUUGCUGGUUCGCUCGUGCAGGACAAGCCCGGAUCUCGUGCUGUUUCCCUUUCCCCAAGAAAGACAGGCCGCCGCCCCCGACCAAAGGCAUAUGUUGUCUUUGUCGGCCGUCGCUCAGGAGUUUUUGAUUUGUGGUCUGAAUGCAAAGCACAGGUGUCCGACUACGCAUGCUGCUUGUACCGUGGCUACUCAUCAAAGGACCGGGCCGAAGCUGCUUUCGUAUAUGCUCAGCAACGUGGAUGGACCUCGGCACCUGGUCAUUUCCGAUAUGUCCCCCCCAUCCCGGUCACCGAUGAUGAUUAUGAAGUUUACAACCCAUUGAGCGGACGGGAGGAGGACAACGACAAGCGAUGGUAUGUCGUUUACCGUGGAUUACGUCCAGGGGUGUAUCGCUCGUCUCUGGAAAGCCAACUCAAUGUGACUGGUGUUUCCGGCCAGUUAUUUGAGAGUGUUGAGGGAGAGGCAUUGGCACGUAAGAGGUUUGCAGAUGCAAAGCGCAAGGGUAUUCGGAAAACCAGGUCCUGGUGA